AUGCAGUCCCGAUUGAUGCCCUCCGUCUCCGGCCAAAGGGCCAUGCUGGGCCGCCUCCGCGUUCCCAGCACCCUUCGCCGCACUUUCAUGACUUCGCGAGUCUUCCUGCAGACUGCUUUCAACUCCCAGCUCGACGACCCCGCCGCUGCCGCGCUAUUCUCCUCCCUGCAGACCUCUAAGGCUGUGCCUCAGACCCUCACUGAGAAGAUCGUCCAGCAGUACGCCGUCGGCCUCGCCAAGGACAAAUUUGUCAAGGCCGGUGACUAUGUGACAAUCUCUCCGCACCGUGUCAUGACCCACGACAACUCGUGGCCCGUCGCCUUGAAGUUCAUGUCCAUUGGCGCCUCGAAGAUCCACGACCCAAACCAAAUCGUCAUGACCCUCGACCACGACGUCCAGAACAAGACCGAGAAGAACCUCCAGAAAUACCAGCAAAUUGAGGAUUUCGCCAAGCUCCACGGAGUCGAGUUCUACCCUGCCGGUCGUGGUAUUGGUCACCAGGUUAUGAUCGAGGAAGGUUUCGCAUGGCCUGGAACUCUUUGCGUCGCGUCCGACUCUCACAGCAACAUGUACGGUGGUGUCUCCUGCCUGGGUACUCCUAUCGUGCGGACAGACGCCGCAAGCUGCUGGGCGAGUGGACGCACUUGGUGGCAGUUGCCUGCGGGAGCCAAGGUCAACUUGACCGGUGUUCUGCCUCCCGGCGUUACCGGCAAGGACGUGAUCGUUGCUCUCUGCGGCCUGUUCGACAAGGACGAUGUGCUGAACCACACCAUUGAGUUCACUGGCUCCGAAGAGACCAUGCGCAGUCUUUCCGUUGACGACCGAUUGACUAUCGCCAACAUGACCACCGAAUGGGGUGCUUUGUCCGGGCUUUUCCCUAUGGAUGAUGUGCUCAAGGGUUGGAUGAAGGGCAAGGCCACCCUUGGUGCCAUGGGCCUGGCCGAUGGAGAUGGAUCUUACAAGACAUUGGCCUCACAACGCUUCACCCACGAGGCCAUCGACAAGCUGUUCGCCAACCCUCUGGCUGCCGAUAAGGGUGCCAAAUACGCCAAGGAGCUCUAUCUUGACCUUGCCUCGCUUUCUCCUUACGUCUCUGGCCCCAACUCCGUCAAGGUUGCCACUCCUCUGGGCGAGCUCGAGGCCGCUGAUAUCAAGGUGAACAAGGCUUACCUUGUCUCUUGCACAAACUCGCGUGCCUCGGAUAUCGCUGCCGCGGCUCGUGUCUUCAAGGAGGCUGCCGAGAAGAACGGUGGUCAGGUCCCCAAAAUCGCCGACGGUGUCGAAUUUUACAUCGGUGCUGCUUCUAUCCCUGAGCAGCUUGCUGCUGAGGGCGCUGGUGACUGGCAGAUCCUGAUUGACGCCGGCGCAACUGUUCUUCCCGCCGGCUGCGGUCCUUGCAUCGGGCUGGGUACUGGUCUUCUUGAGCCUGGCGAAGUUGGCAUCAGUGCUUCCAACCGUAACUUCAAGGGUCGCAUGGGUAGCCCCGAUGCCAAGGCCUAUCUCGGCAGCCCCGAGGUCGUUGCUGCAUCUGCUCUGAGCGGAAAGCUGUCUGGCCCUGGCUGGUACAAGACCCCCGAGAACUACGCUGGCGUGAUCCGCGGCGAGGGCGACGGUAUCCGCGAAGAGGACCGCAUGCUCACCAACGAGGAGGCUCUGGAGAAGAUCCUCGGCCAGAUGGACGACCUGAUUGCCGACGGCGAGAAGAAGUUUGCCCCCGAGCCUUCUUCCACCGAGGCCGAGGCCGAGACCGCCUCCGAUGAUGCUCUGACCGAGCUGUACCCCGGCUUCCCCGAAAGCAUCUCCGGCGAGAUCGUUUUUUGCGACGCCGACAACAUCAACACUGACGGUAUCUACCCGGGCAAGUAUACCUACCAGGACAACGUCUCAGAGGAGACCAUGGCAGAGGUCUGCAUGUCCAACUAUGACACCGACUUCGCCCACCUCGCCAAGCAGGGCGACAUCCUCGUCUCCGGCUUCAACUUCGGCUGCGGUAGCUCUCGCGAGCAGGCCGCUACCGCCAUUCUCGCCAAGAAAAUCCCCCUUGUCGUCUCCGGCAGCUUCGGCAACAUCUUCUCCCGAAACAGCAUCAACAACGCCCUGAUGGGUCUCGAAGUGCCCCGUCUAAUCGCCCGUCUCCGCGAGCACUACGCCGCCGAAGGCAAGGCUCUCACUCGCCGCACCGGCUGGACCCUUACCUGGGACGUUCGCCGCAGCCAGAUCGAGGUGCAGGAGGGUGAGGGUGGUGCCAAGUGGACUCACAAGGUCGGUGAGCUCCCCGCCAACGUGCAGGAGAUCAUUGCCAAGGGAGGACUGGAGAAGUGGGUUAAGAACGCCAUCGAGGCCUGA